GAUUUUUGCCCCACGCACUUAAAUAACUUCCGUCGAUCAUCAUCGAAGCCUCCGCGAUUGCACCCACCACUCGAACAGAUAGAUCUCGUCCCCGUAUCUGCCAUCACCACUAUACAACUCCUACAAUCAUGGCAGAUACACAGUUUGACAGUGCCCUUGACCUCCUCCGCCGCCUCUCACCGCGCGACACCAAACAAAACCUCCAAUACAUCACCACUCUCGUCCCCGAUCUAACCGAAGACCUCCUUGCCUCCGUCGACCAACCGCUGGAAAUCCGCCGAUGCGCCCAAACAAAGCGUGAUUACCUCCUCUGCGACUACAACAGGGACGGCGACAGCUACCGCAGCCCGUGGAGCAAUGAGUUCGACCCGCCGAUUGAAGAUGGGACUGUACCUAGCGAGCGAGUGCGGAAGUUAGAGGUAGCAGCCAAUGAAGCCUUCGACGUCUACCGGGAGCUGUAUUAUGAGGGCGGGGUCGGGAGUGUGUAUUUUUGGGAUUUGGAUGAUGGGUUUGCUGGUGUUGUUUUGUUGAAGAAAGCAAUUACUCCUGGCUCCAAAAACUCUGGUGCCUGGGAUAGUAUCCACGUCUUUGAAGCCACAGACCGCGCGCGGACAUGCCACUAUAAACUAACGAGCACCGUCAUCCUGCAUUUAUCAACCGGUUCAGAAGGAUUGGGUGAGAUGGACCUCAGUGGAAAUAUGACGAGACAGAUCGAGGCAGACAUGGCCGUCGAUGGAGACGCUAGUCAUGUUGCGAAUGUCGGGCGGUUGGUUGAGGAUAUGGAGUUGAAGAUGCGGAAUCUUCUUCAGGAGGUCUACUUUGGGAAAGCGAAGGAUAUCGUUUCCGACUUGAGAAGUAUCCAACCCCUUUCCGAGACAAAUAGAGAUCAAGCUACCCAUCGGGAGAUGAUCAAUUCAAUGAAGAGGUAGCAUUAGUUACGGCCUUUGUUCGUCUUAUAGAAAGUACCAACCGCGCAAAUUCAGAUGGGUUGCAUUUUGCAGCAGUAUUAACUUAUCGUUUCUGGUUUUGGCGAUAACGCGAGCGGCCCAUGUAUUUUCGUUCGUCCUUUAUCUUGUUUCUAUCUCCUUUAUGUAUUCUCGGAUGAGUGAUAAGAUAUUUAUGACUCUCCGAAUGUAAAGAAUCCAAAUUAUCUUCUCCAUUGCUAUUAAUACCAGAGUCAGGGGAUCUAACUAAAGAUAAAUCGGCACCUGGGGAAAGCUGCAAGUCAGAGAGCCCGUCCAGUUUGUCAAAAUACAUUACCGCGUGAGUCGUGCUAGCACGGUUUAUAUAGACAAGACACUGCAGCUCUCUUCAAUCAAGUACACGAGCGCCCCAACUGUGCAUAGCAUCUCUUCC